CGGCUAGUGCCGACAUUUGUUGAUCAAAAUCUCCUGUUUGCUGUUAUUGUUUCUUUGUAUUUUAAUUUUUUUGAUCAACAAGGCACUGGAUGUAAUUUUCACUAUAGAAUUACUUCCUAUUGCAUAAUGCUCCAGUUACGUCCAGCUUUGUAUAACCGGAUUCUGAAGCCGUUGGUCAAUUGUGCUGUAAUGCAACGCAAUAAUCAUAUAGAAACGAAAGUGAAACUUAGCGACGGCAUCACCAUCAAUUAUGUACAAACGGGCAAAGGUGACGAAAGCGUAUUGUUAAUGCCUGGUGCACUUGGCACUGCUUGGACAGACUUUAAGCCGCAAAUUGAAAAACUGCCUGAGCUGCUGCCAAACCACACAAUAAUCGCAUGGGAUCCACCCGGUUAUGGAAAAUCACAACCGCUGGAGCGAUACUUUGAUGUUGACUAUUUCCAAAACGAUGCGCGCUGUGCCGUGGAACUGAUGCGUGCUUUGGGAAGACCCAAAUUUUCUAUAGUCGGUUGGAGUGAUGGCGGUGUAACGGGUCUUAUUGUAGCGGGACGCUUUGUUGAAUGUGUCGAGAAAUUGGUGAUAUGGGGUGCUGGUGCUUAUUUGAAUGCCGAAGAGGUGAAAGCAAUAACAGCUAUACGAGAUGUGCAGAAGUGGUCACCACGAAUGCGUGAACCAAUGGAGAAAGUAUAUGGUGUGGAAGGAUUCUCAAAACUGUUGUCUGCUUGGGUCGAUGCUGUAGUUGCAAUUUAUAAAGAACGUAAAGGAGAUUUUUGCAGCACUGAAGUAACACAAAUAAAAGCACCAACUUUUAUAUUACAUGGAAAGAAGGAUCCAAUGGUUGCUGCCGAACACAUACCAUAUUUAAGGGAACGUAUAAAUAAUUGCCAAUAUUAUGAGUUCCCUGAGGGCAAACAUAAUAUUCAACUACGUUAUGCAGACGAAUUCAAUAAAUUGGUAGCCAACUUUUUGUCACAAAAGUCCUAACUGUAGUCAAACACCUUAUACAAGUUAUUCGAACAUCCUAUAAUUUUAAAUAUGAAUCCCCGUUGAUUUAUUGUAACCACAUUCAACGAAUUUAAUUGUGAUAAAGGAUCUUCAGCAAAUAAUGAUAUUUUAAAUAUUAUUUAGUUUUUAAGUGAAAAGGGAAACAUAUUAUUUCAAUAUAUUUUUUAUUGUUUGUUUAUUAUUAGUAUUUUAUAUCAUAUAUAACAUGUAAUAAAGUGAAUAUAUUUCUAUAUUUUUAA